CGACAAAUAUGAAAAGGACUUUGCUGUGUAACUUUACUAAAGUCAUCAUGUGUUGGACUUUAGCUGAAGCCCAGGUGGCGUCCGAUGGGGGCAUCACAGCCCAGGAGCAGAUGUACCUCCUGUAUGAUGUGAAGCUGCAGUGUCACCAGAAUGUGUCCUUGGAUAACCCUAUCGGUGACCUUUGCCCCCCAGGCUGGGACGGCCUGAUCUGUUGGCCGCGGGGCUCUCCUGGGGCAGUGACCAAGGUGCCCUGCCCCACAUACAUCUAUGACUUUGAUCACAAAGGCCAUGCCUACAGGAAGUGUGAUGCCAAUGGUUCCUGGGUGACUGUGGAGAGCCUCAAUAGGCCAUGGGCGAAUUAUUCCGAUUGCGUGCGGUUCCUGCAACCUGGACAUGAGAGAAGUAAGCAGGACUUCUUCGAGCGGCUCUACACCAUGUACACCGUCGGAUACGCCGUGUCCUUCAGCUCCCUCCUGGUCGCCAUAUUCAUCAUUGGGUAUUUCAGGCGUCUGCACUGCACCAGGAACUACAUCCACAUGCACCUGUUUGUAUCAUUCAUGCUGAGGGCUGUCAGCAUCUUUGUGAAGGACAGAGUGGUCCAUGCUAAUGCGGGCCCCCAGGAGCUGGAUGCAGCACUCAUGGAUGACCUCAAGACCAUCUCGGUGGCCCCCAUGGACAAGUCUCAAUAUAUUGGCUGCAAGAUCACAGUCCUGCUGUUUAUUUACUUCCUGGCGACCAACUACUACUGGAUCUUGGUAGAGGGUCUCUACCUGCACAGCCUGAUCUUCAUGGCCUUCCUAUCUGACACCAAGUAUCUGUGGGGAUUCACUUUGGUUGGAUGGGGCGUUCCCGCCGUCUUUGUGGCUGCUUGGGCCGUCGUCCGGGCAACCCUAGCAGAUGCCAGCUGCUGGGAGCUGAGUGCGGGCAACAUCAAGUGGAUAUACCAAGCUCCCAUCUUAGCAGCCAUUGGGCUCAAUUUCAUCUUGUUUGUCAACAUCGUGCGAGUGCUGGCCACGAAGAUCCGGGAGACGAACGCAGGGCGGUACGACACCCGGAAACAGUACAGGAAGUUGGCCAAGUCCACCCUGGUGCUAGUGCUGGUGUUUGGCGUGCACUACAUCGUGUUCGUGGGGAUGCCGCACACUUUCAGGGGUGUUGGCUGGGAAGUCCGGAUGUACUGCGAGCUCUUCUUCAACUCCUUCCAGGGCUUCUUUGUGUCAAUAAUCUACUGCUACUGCAACGGAGAGGUCCAGGCGGAGAUCAAGAAGACAUGGACGCGGUGGAGCCUGGCGGUGGAUUGGUCGGGCCCAGCGACCUGUGCCAACUGCAGCUACCGCUACGGUUCGGUGCUGACCAACCUGAGCCAGAGCACAGGCAGCCAGUCGCAACUGGCAGCCUCCUCGCGCACCACGGCGCUCUUCUCCAGCAGGGUGUACCGCAGCCGGGGGGGGCGCACCACUGGCAGCCACGCUGCACUACCAGGCUACGUGCUUAGCGGCUCCGAUGUGGACAGCUCGCCAGCCUCUGUCCCCGAGGGGCGUCCCGAGCCAGAGGAGAGCGCCGGCAAAGUGGACGACAUCUCGCUGAAGGAGACCCCAGUGACCCAGGGCUUCAUCACCCGCAGCAAUGGUGAAGAGACACUCUAGGGCCACCCAUAUGAGUGGAGUCACAUGAUAGACCACACCAAUCACAAGCGGCGAAACGAGACAUACAUCCCACUUCCAUAUCAAA